CCUUUCUCACUCCACUUCCUCUCACUAGAUUGUAUCAGCCAUGGCGGUUUCUGGGUCCUUUGUCAGAACCAACCAAUCUCUUUAUUAUCUCCACCUGAACGCUCCAAGAUUAAAUCAUAGUUGCAAAAACCAGUUCUGCUUGAGAGCUUCUGCAAGUGGCUUAGAUGGUGAGGAAAGGAAGAUGAUAUGGAAAGAAAAAGAUGGAUGGAAGAUCAAUUUCUCUGGAGAAAAACCUGCCACGCCAUUGCUGGACACCAUCAAUUACCCAGUUCACAUGAAGAAUCUAUCCACACAGGAUCUUGAACAGCUAUCUGCAGAGCUUAGAGCAGAUAUUGUAUACUCAGUAUCAAAGACAGGUGGGCAUCUUAGUUCAAGCUUAGGAGUGGUGGAGUUAGCAGUGGCUCUGCAUCAUGUGUUCAACACCCCUGAAGACAAAAUCAUAUGGGAUGUGGGCCAUCAGGCAUACCCACAUAAAAUUCUUACAGGAAGAAGGUCGAGGAUGCACACCAUUAGGAAAACUUCUGGACUUGCAGGGUUUCCUAAAAGGGAUGAGAGCAUCUAUGAUGCUUUUGGUGCAGGGCACAGUUCGACUAGCAUAUCUGCUGGCCUUGGUAUGGCUGUUGCAAGGGAUCUUUUAGGGAACAAGAACAGUGUAAUCUCCGUAAUUGGAGAUGGAGCCAUGACUGCAGGCCAAGCAUAUGAGGCCAUGAACAAUGCUGGAUAUCUUGAUGCUAACCUGAUAGUUGUGCUAAAUGACAAUAAGCAAGUCUCUUUACCCACGGCUACUCUUGAUGGCCCUGCAACUCCGGUCGGAGCCCUCAGCAGUGCUCUGUCGAAGCUCCAAGCAAGCACUAACUUCCGUAAGCUUCGCGAAGCAGCUAAAAGCAUCACAAAGCAAAUUGGAGGGCAAACACACCAAGUUGCUGCCAAAGUUGAUGAGUAUGCAAGGGGUAUGAUUAGUGCUUCUGGGUCUACUCUCUUUGAGGAGCUCGGACUGUACUACAUUGGUCCUGUGGAUGGGCAUAAUGUUGAAGAUUUAGUCACCAUUUUCGAAAAAGUAAAAGCAAUGCCUGCUCCAGGGCCAGUCUUGAUCCACAUCGUGACAGAGAAAGGGAAGGGCUAUCCCCCAGCUGAGGCAGCACCUGAUAAAAUGCAUGGGGUUGUCAAGUUUGAUCCCAGAACAGGCCAGCAAUUUAAGACCAAAUCCUCAACACAUACAUAUACUCGGUACUUCGCUGAAUCUCUUAUCAAAGAAGCUGAAGUAGACAAAAAGAUUGUAGCCAUACACGCAGCAAUGGGCGGUGGGACUGGUCUCAAUUAUUUCCAGAAGAAGUUUCCAGAGCGCUGCUUUGAUGUGGGGAUCUCUGAGCAGCAUGCUGUCACAUUUGCGGCUGGCUUAGCCACGGAGGGACUCAAGCCAUUCUGUGCUAUCUAUUCAUCGUUCCUGCAACGCGGGUAUGACCAGGUAAUACAUGAUGUAGAUCUCCAAAAAUUACCCGUCCGUUUUGCAAUGGAUCGAGCUGGUUUGGUUGGUGCUGAUGGACCCACCCAUUGCGGAGCAUUUGAUAUUACAUACAUGGCCUGCUUGCCUAACAUGGUGGUCAUGGCUCCAUCUGACGAAGAAGAACUGAUGCACAUGGUUGCCACAGCAGCAGCCAUUGAUGACAGACCCAGCUGCUUCAGGUUUCCAAGGGGCAAUGGUAUUGGAGCGGCUCUUCCUCCUAAUAACAAAGGGAUCCCUCUUGAGAUUGGAAAGGGAAAAAUACUGUUGGAAGGCUGCAGAGUUGCUCUUUUGGGAUAUGGUUCAAUAGUUCAGCAAUGUCUGCAAGCAGCAUGCCAGCUGAAAAGCAGAGACAUCUUUGUGACAGUAGCCGAUGCAAGAUUUUGUAAACCUUUGGAUACAGAUCUCAUAAAAGGAUUAGCCCAUGAACAUGAAAUCCUAAUCACAGUGGAAGAGGGUUCAAUUGGAGGUUUCGGAUCUCACGUAUCACACUACCUAAGCUUAACUGGUAUUCUGGAUGGACCCCUCAAGUUGAGAGCAAUGGUGCUUCCUGAUAGAUACAUUGACCAUGGAUCGCCACUAGAUCAGAUUGAAGAAUCCGGGCUCUCUGCUAGGCACAUCUCAGCAACAAUCUUAUCUCUCUUGGGCAGGCCAAAAGAAGCUCUUCAGUUAAAGUGAGCACAUGCAUGGAAUCAAGUUCCUGCCUUGAGAUACUUGAAAAAGGCACACGCAUCUCCAUCUUUGGACCAUUUUUCUAGCUACAGGAGCAAGUGAGAAUCCAACUCAGAGAUGCCUGUUUUGGAUCCUCCCAUCCCACAAAGCGAUCAAUAAUCGUCUGAGUAAAUCUUCACAUUCCCAUAAUCCAAAGCAUCACUUGUUCACUACUCGUAGGGUAAUAAAUGAAUCAACAAAGCCAUUAUUAUUAUUAUUAUUAUUAUUAUUAUGAUUAUUAUUUUAUCAAGUACUGACUAAUUCUGUCAGACUGAAGAACACAUAAAACAUGAUAUUUUCUGCUGUUUA